AAACCUGGCCCCUGCCGGCGCAGCGAGAGUAGGCAAGUCCAAUGGCAUCGGCAAUGUUUGGGGAAUCGAUGAUAAGCCGAUGAUUUGUGAGCUACACUGUCCUAUAUCCUGUGGCCCCAGCUAAUGGAUAUAUUCUCAUCAGGGUGGCAAUUUAGUACGGGCUGGGCCCUGGCACAGGAUGACAUCCGCGUCCAACGCUGGUCACAGAAAUUGGCAGAGAAACUGCAUGAUGCCAACAGGCGAAAUGGAAUCAGCACUGAGUUCGUGUACAUGGGGGAUGCCGGAGAAUGGCAGGACCCGUUCGCAGGGUUCCCAUCAGAAAAUGUGGCUCGGAUGAAGUCAAUCCAGAAAAGGUAUGAUCCUCAGGGAAUUUUCACCAGGUUGAACACGGGGGGCUUCAAGUUAAGCCCCUUCUAGAAGGCUUAUGGUUCGUCCUGACUGGCCAAGAAUGACCUUCUUGGAGCUUUUUAGGAUUUAUGAAAUCUCCGAGGCAUCAUUAUGUGCCCUUGUUCCAGUAAAUUGACUUUCUUCAUUUAAAAAGUCUUGUU